AUAGUGAUUGAAACGCGCACAUUAAUCCGGUCGAUUCUGCAUCUAUUUGCACCUUGAAACCCAUUUCUCCUUCUAUAACUGUGACCGGUGUGCUUUAAUUUGGGAUCAAAGGAGGAGUCUCUUCACUCUCUUCGCGAUUCUUCAGCGGCUCAGUGCGAUACUCAAACUCGUUACCAUAGGUGCAUGCAAAUUGCGCGAAAAGUUGACGACCACAUUUUGGACUUUUGUUUUUAAAUAAAAUAUUCACAUUAUAAUAAUGUUACAGAUUUACGUGGUUCUCUUAGGGAUGCUGUUUGCCGGAAGUUGGGCAUCCACCUCUACCAGUUACCAGUACGUUAAGUUCGUCAAUAACAACAGCAAUAAGGGCAAACAGGGCGGGAAUGCAGGCUCGAAUCGCCCGCAGCAGAAUAGAAAUGCGAGGAGCUUCACUCUUCCGGUCGAAUUCUUGGAGGAGACGAGGGAAAUUUGGGCCGAGAAUCUAUUUCCUUAUGGCAGUGACAAUUUCCUUGACGUCUCUUUGAAUGGAUACUUUAAUGGAGGCGAAACUCAUCACACGCCAGAUUUCUCUAACGGCUUAGCGUAUCCAGAUCCUUUGCUUCUAACAGGCCUGGAUGCUAGAAGAGCUGUGAAUUACAUCUACGGUCGUGGUGAACUCUUCUACAACGACAUUCCUCAUGCUAGAGCUAUUCUCAGAGUGCAAGAGGAAAGGAAACUGAACGGUCUACCGCCGAACAGAUUAGGUUCUUUGAAUUAUAGAUCACCAUUUUACAGAGGCAUUAAAAAACCCUUCUUUUUCUAACGACGAUUACCUUCCUUGCUGUAAAUAAAUUCUCUAUUUUGUAAUUAAUUUAAAUAUUUCUAAGUGUUGAAUGGCAUUACGCUCAAACCUCUAAUUAAGUGUAUUGUUUUUUAAGAAAA